UAGCAGUGUUUACUGAUGCUCCUCGGUUCUUCCUUUUUUAAAACAAAACUGCUGCAGGUUAUUAGCAGCAAACGCAAAAAACGCAGUGGUGUGACAAGAUACAGCAGCUGUCUAAUCUCACGUCUCAAUGAAAAUCUCUCUGACCGUCUACUCCUUCCCCUCCUCUCGCCUCUCCCCGUGGACGUAAUCUCCGACGUGGCAAAUCUUAAGGUUCGAGACAAAGUAAUCUGUCCAGACCUCAGCAAGCUUCUGACAGGAGGGUCACUUCAGAGCUCCUUCAACGCAGAAUCUCUAGAUAUUCCUGUUGCAUCGUCUGCAGACAUGGGUCGUCAAGAGGCUGACUAUGUGUGGAAGAAAAAAACAGAAAACAUCCAGGAGGUUUUUGAGUUCAUGGAGGAGUUGGGAUCAGGGGCCUUCUCAGAGGUUUACAUGGUGAAGGAGAGGAAGACGGGAAAGAUGUUUGCCAUGAAGUGUGUGAAGAAGAAACAAAAGAGGGAUCUUAAUCUAGAGAAUGAGAUCGCUGUGUUGAGAAGAAUCAAACAUGAGAACGUUGUGGGGAUGGAAGAUUUCUAUGAAAGUCAAACCCAUUACUAUCUCGUCAUGCAGCUUGUUACAGGCGGAGAGCUCUUUGACCGUAUACUAGAUAGAGGGGUGUACUCAGAAAAAGACGCCAGCAGGGUGAUCCAGCAGGUGCUGGAGGCUGUCAGCUACUUGCAUCAAAACGGCAUAGUACACCGUGACCUCAAGCCAGAGAACAUCCUGUGUUACAGCCAUGAUGAAAACUCCAAAAUCAUGAUCAGCGACUUUGGUUUAUCAAAGAUGGCCGAAAGCGGGGUCAUGUCUACUGCCUGUGGCACACCAGGAUAUGUGGCUCCUGAAGUUUUGGCUCAGAAACCCUACAGCAAGGCUGUGGACUGCUGGUCUACUGGAGUGAUCACUUACAUCUUACUAUGUGGGUAUCCUCCUUUUUAUGAAGACAAUGAAACACGACUCUUUUCCAAGAUCAUGAAGGCACAGUAUGAGUUUGAUUCACCUUUCUGGGAUGCCAUUUCUGAAUCUGCCAAAGAUUUCAUCCGUAACAUGAUGCAAAAAGACCCUAAAAUGCGCUACACCACAGAGCAAGCUCUCAGACAUCCCUGGAUCACUGGAAAGACUGCCCGGAGUCAGGACAUCUAUUAUUCUGUCAGCAUUCAGAUUCAAAAAAACUUUGUCAAGUCCAAGUGGAAGCAAGCCUUUAAUGCCGCUGUUGCCAUCAAUCACAUGAAGAAGCUACAGCAGGCUCAUGCAGAACUGACGCUGAGACAGGCCAGCAUUCCAGACAUCAGAGUCAUAGAUUUGUCCUCCCCAACAAAAGCCCGCAAACACCUUGACCUGGAGAAGCUGGACUCAAAGGGGGCACUGUCCAACGGGAACCUGAACAGUGCUGACCAAAUGUCCGUGCCCACAAACCAUGUUGAGAUCAAGAGCCAUUUCCACACGCUCAAGGCCAGUCAGAGCCAGUGUGAUGCUCACCACACGCCCACUAUAGCUGAGCAGGGAAAGCACGUUUACCAGUCGGAGCCUGCAAACCUGAAUGGGUAUGGUAAAAAUUGUAAUGGCAAGACAGGAGUCUGCUCAGUCAUGUGAAACUGUAUGAUGACGAUGUGGAAGAAGAAAUUUCACAUGGUCAGUGCUGUUAUGCUGACUCAGCAUUCAGCUGAUUUGUAUCAGUUGCUCCUGCUGUACUGAGACUGCGAAGAAGCUGGACCUGUGAUGGAACCACACAGUCUCACGAAGGUUUCUGUAGCCUGUGGGAUAUUUCAUAUGUGGAUGGUGUGCCUCUAGAGCCUAUGAAGCAUGUAUACAGGUUCAGAAACAUAAGACAAUUCAUUUGCAUCUUUGUUAUCCAGGAUACUUUACACACUACCUAAGACUGUUGCAGUUAGAAGUGGAUGUAAUGCCUGAUGCUAAGUUCCAUCCUCUUAUUCAGGAUGAAGUUGUCGCUGUGCUCUGAUGCCAUGUCGGCUUUGUAUCAAGUUACCCUGUAUAUAGAAUUCAUGUCACAUAAAAAUAAGAAAACGUGUCCAAUUAUCCUACUGUAAAUCUAUUUUUUUUGAAUGAUAGAAUAUUUUGUUUGGAAAUCUGCAUGCUUACUAAGUCAUUUAAGCCAUACCUGUAUCAUUUUUGUGGUCUUUGUUUUAUGAUUUAUUUUUAUUCUGAAGUAUUUCUUUCAUUGUAAUUUUAUUUACAAUUUAAAAUAAAUACUAAAAGUAAAAUAUAA